AUGCGACAAAGGCGAAACGCGACAGAGGCGAACGCGACGAAAUGCGAAACACGACAGAACACGACGAAAUGCGAAAUCGACGAAAACGCGAAUCGCGAACAAAAUGCAAAUCGCGACAAAAUGCGAAACGUGACGAAAACGCGAAAUGCGACAAAAUGCGAAAUGCGACAAAAUGCGACGAAAUGCGAAACGCGACAAAAUGCGAAACACGAUGAAAUGAAACGCGACGAAACGCAAAUAAGACGAAACGCGACACAGCGCGUUGUUACGGAUGCGCGACUGCAGGAAUGUGGAUACUCGAUAUGCGAAACCUGGAGAAAUGCGAGUCUCUACACUGAUGAAGACGACGAAGAGGCGAUGCAGGGUGAGGGAGAGAGGAAUACAGAUGAUGCUUUCAGGAUGGAGUCGUUAGAUGACCUUUAUCAUAUAGGGCCCCAGGAGGACAACCAGAUGGGGCUGCAAGACAUCGCUCUGGGCCUGGAUAUCGAGACUCAGCCAACUAGCAGCGCAUGUCUCUCUGACGAGGCCAAAUCACUUUCAUUUGGAGAGUUCAACUUCUGGAGCGCGGGCAUGGAAGAAUUCAAUACCUUGUUCACCGUCUUACAGGACUCUUUCGACCCUAGUUUUGUCAAUACUGGCCUUGAUCCCAACUUUCCCCAGCCUCAACAUGGUACAUUUUAUCACGCUUCUCCUGAUUUUGCCCUUGACAACUUUGCAGCUGUGCAAAACCCGGAGUAUCCAGUUGAAAAUUUCUUUUUAAAUUCAAGCUAUCUCCAUAGUGUCCAUAGUGACGAAGCGCUAGGCCUAUCUGUUGCCACACCUCACAAUUCACUGUCGUCUCUGACCACAAACAUCUCAGUUCCUGACAUCCUGUCCCCAGUUCCUGUCAUCCCGUCCCCAGUUCUUGUCAUCCCAUCCCCAGUCCUGGACAUUCCCUCCCCAGUAACGACCACAUCGCCCAUGCCACCUGCAAAUGCACAAUCCAAGUCCACCAAAGCAGUUGUGUCUGGUGGGAGGUCUCAUUGCCUAGUAGGUAACAAGGCCAACGGACAAACGAACGGCAAUGAUAUGGUCAGACCUACAAUUGGACUGACUGCAGAGCUGCAGCCAGACAAAGCUCCACAUUGUACAGCACGUCAACACAUCCCAUCAAAUCACACACAGGUACUCAAUGCAAUUGGAUUGUUGAAUGCUCGCGUCUGUGUGACAUUUGGGGAGGCCAAAGAGAAUGAUGGACCACCAGUCACGCCAGCAACGAAGCGCGAGGCCAAGCCUACCAACCAACCCAACAAGUAA